AUGUCAAUUGUUUUAAGAUUUGUUGAUAAAGAUGGUUAUGUGCAAGAACGUUUUUUUGGGCUUAUUCAUGUCAAAGACACUGCUGCUAUAACAUUAAAAGAAGGUAUUUUCUCUAUACUCUCUAAUUAUAGUCUUGAUGUUCAAUCUAUUCGUGGACAAGGUUAUGAUGGCGCAAGUAAUAUGCGUGGACAAUGGAAUGGUUUGCAAGCUUUAAUUUCAAGUGAAUGUCCUUAUGCUUACUAUGUUCAUUGUUUUGCACAUCGUUUGCAAUUGGCAUUAGUUGCUGCAUCUAGAGAAGUUAUUCCUGUCCAUCAAUUUUUUACAAAGUUAAAUUCUAUUGUUAAUAUUGUUGGUGCUUCAUGUAAACGCAAUGACCAACUAAAAGCUGCUCAUGCUACAAAUAUUGCUCAUUUACUUGAGAUUGAUGAACUAGAAAGUGGGAAAGGACUCAAUCAAAUUGGUUCUUUACAAAGGGCAGGUGAUACUCGUUGGAGUUCUCAUUUAAAAUCUAUUUCUAGUUUGAUAAAGAUGUUUAGUGCAACAUGUGAAGUUUUAUUGAAUAUUAUUGAAGAUGGUACUACUUUUGCUCAACGAGGAGAUGCAGAUGCAGCUUAUGAGUCAUUAACUUCUUUUGAAUUUGUUUUCAUUUUGCAUCUUAUGAAAUUUUUUUUGGAGAUUUCUAAUAUACUAUGUCAAGCUUUACAACUUCAGUCUCAAGAUAUUUUAAAUGCAAUGCAUCUUGUUUCAUCUACUAAGACUCUCAUUCAGAAAUUGAGAGAAGAUGGAUGGGAUGAAUUAGUUUAUGAGGUGAAAUCUUUUUGUGAACGUGUUAAUAUACCUGUCCCAGAUUUUAAUGCUCACUAUACUACAAAAAGAGGAAGAAGUCGUGGUCAACAAGAUGCAAUUACAGUGGAGCAUUAUUACAGAGUUGAUCUUUUCAAUUCAGUGAUAGACUUUCAACUACAAGAAUUAAACAACAAAUUCAAUAAUAAUACAGUGGAGUUACUCAUUCUUAGUUCAGCUUUAGAUCCGAGAGAGAUACACACAUCAUUCAGAAUUGAUGAUAUUUGCAAGUUGGUACAAAAAUUUUACCCAAGAGAUUUUACAGAAUACGAGAUGGUACAACUAAGGACGCAAUUUGAACAUUUUGCUCAUGUACGAGAACUUCCUGAUUUUGCUGUUUUGGCAACUAUUUCUGAUUUAUGUCAGUGGUUGGUAAAAACUAGAAAAGCAGAGAUUUUUCCAAUUGUCUAUAAAGUGAUAACUCUUAUUCUUACACUUCCGGUUUCUACAGCUACCACAGAACGAUCUUUUUCAGCUAUGAAUAUAGUGAAGACUACACUUCGCAACAAGAUGGAAGAUGAAUUUUUAAGUGAUUGUUUGCUCGUAUAUAUUGAAAAAGAAAUCGCCAAAAAAUUUAGUAUAGAUUCACUUAUCGAUGAUUUUCGUGAUAUGCAAGAAAGACGUUCUGUAUUUUAA